ACCAUCUGAUGUUUACUUCAUAAAUGACAAGUAAGAACCUAAAACCAUGAGAGCAAAUCAGCCAAAAAUCAUUUGUCUAAUUGAUUUCUGAAAUGUUUUAUUCAGUUACCACCAUUUUCAGUCACUUCAGAUUUUUUGAAAUGAGAGGUGGAAAGUCCACAAUCGGUCAAGUGGGGAGCCCAAAUUUGGAGAACAAAGAUUGGUAGAAAGCUCAUCCCUUCACCAAGUCAAAAACAAAACAGUAAAAGCUUGGAAACUACACAGGCACCAUAUCUAAAAACAACUACACUGACUAUAUUUAGAUAAAUGAUUAUCCUUGCAUCAGUUUCCUAUUUUUGUGUUCAUAAACUUCUUUUUCUCUUCAUAUUCCUAUAAAUUCCUGAUCAGGAACUCACCUGUCAAUCUCCAUUUCUAUUGUUUGAAAACAUGGCGAAGAUUUCUUUCUUAUUUUCUUUUCUGCUUGUGGUUGCUUUUGGUUUUGUCAAUGGCUCUCCACCAAAGGAUGCAGUAGGAAUUUAUGAGCUGAAGAGAGGAGAUAUGUCUGUUAAAUUCACCAACUGGGGUGCAACUAUUAUCUCAGUUGUUCUUCCUGAUAAAAAUGGGAAACUGGGUGAUGUUGCUCUUGGGUAUGAUACUAUCACGGACUAUAUGAAUGAUACCACAUACUUUGGUGCUCUUGUUGGACGUGUUGCAAAUCGAAUUGGAGGCGCAAAUUUUGUUUUGAAUGGAACCGAAUAUAAACUGGUGGCUAAUGAAGGAAAAAACAUGCUUCAUGGUGGCCCUAAAGGAUUUGGUGAUGUUGUCUGGAAAGUGAAGAAGUAUAAGAAUGAAGGUCAUGCUCCUUUCAUUCUCUUUGGCUAUGACAGCUAUGAUGGUGAAGAAGGAUUUCCUGGUGAACUUAAAGUUACUGUGGGCUACACUCUUCUCCCUAAGAACCAGUUGAGUGUGACAAUGAAAGCCAAAGCUGUAAAAAAGGAUACUCCUGUGAAUCUAAUCCAGCAUACAUAUUGGAACCUUGGUAACCAUGACAGUGGAGAUAUCCUGUCUGAAGAAAUCCAGCUUUUCGCCUCCCGCUACACACCUGUUGAUAGCCAGCUUAUUCCCACAGGCAAACUUUUGCCUGUGAAAGGAACUCCAUAUGAUUUCCUCAAACCUAACACAAUCGGAAGUAGAAUCGAGGAACUUCCUAAAGGUUAUGACAUUAACUAUGCCCUUGAUGGUACUCCAGGAAAGCUGAAUAAAGUAGCUGUGGUGAAGGAUAAGAAGUCUGGAAGAGUUAUGGAGCUGUUGGCCAAUCAACCUGGUGUGCAGUUCUAUACAGGAAACAUGAUAAGGUUCGUCUAUAAGGCUCAUGCAGCACUAUGUUUGGAGACUCAAGGCUUCCCUGACUCUGUUAAUCACCCCAACUUCCCUUCACAAAUUGUUACCCCUGAAAAGCCUUACAAGCAUAACAUGCUUUUCAGGUUUUCAAUUGCUCCAUAGAUAAAACUGACCUGAUUAGUCAUAAAACCAUUUCCUAUGAAGAAAACCGAGACUCGAACUUCGAAUUGUUCUUAAUACCUUAUCACGAGACUUGAACAAUAAAGUAAUCUGAUUCUGGCAGUUCCUGUAUGGCAACUAAAAUUGUCUUUAACAAUGAUUUUCUUUUGUGAUUUGACCAGGGGAAACAGACAUGUUUGCUUUCAUUAAUUAAAUAAAUAUACAGUAAU